AUGCCACUCGUGCGCAUCAGCUCUCCGUCCGCCUGUUCUUCUUCAGCUCGCUUCUCUUCUUCAUCUUCACCUCGCCUUCCUUCUGCAGGCGCGUCCUCUCCGGAGGCGCCUUCAUGUCCCGUUCUACGCCCCAUCAACCCUGGCCAUGUGUCACCCCAGCGCCAGGUUGCUCCGGGGGUUGUGAAGCCUCACUACGCCGAGGAGGACGAGGGGCGAGCCAAAGCCAAGCGGGAGGCCAUGCUGAACGAAGAGCUGCAGUUGCGACGACGCGAAGACGCUGCGAUGAAGGCCAGCCUCUCGCGCUUUCAGCCGGUGGCUGAAAGGGAGAUGGAGUGGGUGAAACCUCCGACAGAAAUCGAAGGUGUCCGCCGCGCGUGCGAGGUGACUGCCGAGGUUCUGCAAGUCGCCGUCGAUUUUGUGAAGGAUUUUUGUGCGACUUCCGCGGCCGCGCUAACGACCGAAGACAUCGAUCGUGUUGUGCACGAGGCAGCGAUGAAACGGGGCGCCUAUCCAUCUCCCCUUCGCUACAGCAACUUCCCGAAAAGCGUCUGUACCUCGACAAACGAAAUCGUCUGCCACGGCAUUCCUGAUGACAGACCGCUUCAACGGGGGAGCAUUUGCAGCAUCGACGUCUCCUGUUUCCUCGAUGGCUUUCAUGGCGACUGUGCGCGAACAGUUCCAAUUGGCGGUUUCGAGUCUCUCUCUCCAGCACUUCGCCGCUUGCUUGCCUGUGCUCGAGAGGCGACGCUCGAAGGUGUUCGCGUCUGUGCGCCCGGCAGGAGGCUGAGCGUGAUUGGCGAAGCAAUUGAAGAGUUCCUGACGCGCCGGGGCUACCGAACGAUUCAUGAUUUCUGCGGCCAUGGCAUCGGCCGAAAUUUCCACGAGGAGCCUUUUGUUCUUCACGCGUCGAAUAACAUGCCGGGGCGAAUGCUCCCAGGGAUGUGCUUUACCAUCGAACCUGUCGUCUGCAUGGGCGGAACAGAUUUCACCACGUGGCCCGACAAAUGGACGAUCGCUACCACUGACGGAAAGCCGACGGCUCAAUUCGAGCACACAGUCCUCAUUACCGAUACCGGCGUCGAAGUACUGACUGGGUGUCCAGACGGAGAGAAGGACAUGCUGGAGUUGACCAGGGACGUGCGCUGA